CUACUUCAUUUGUAUGCUUUCUAUGAUCUCUUCCUUUCAGUAACAAUUUUUUUUUUAUAAAAAAAGCAACCCUAGCUCCUGUUUGGAAUGUUAUUCCCAGGCUCAAAAUGUUUUGUGAACAAGUACGACCGACUCCACUGCUUCUAGCAAAAUGUUUUGCCGACAGAACUGGAAUAUUUUCGAAACAGGGCAUGGCAGGUCUAAAGGAAGUAAUAGAGCUCCAGAGCUAUUCUAAAAAUUCUGACAUCAAUCCGUACACCAAUGAACCCACGUACCUUCCCUCUCAUAUCCUAAUAAGUGCGUUCGCCCGAUCUUCUAUAAUGAAGAAGAGAAAUACCAACUCAACAGAAAAAUCCAUCACCGGAAAGAAGACAGCCUUCGUCUACUAUCAUGGACAAAAACACAAGAGACUGCCUUUGAAAGCGUCUCGGCAUAAUCAAUUUCGCAGUCGUAUCUUAUCUCGACGUGCCGCGAUAGCGUGUACAUUGAACAUCAAGGUAAUAGUCGAUACACCAAGUGCCUACCAAUUCCCAAUGAUUGGCUCCACCCCCGAAAGUUCAAAAGACACAGUAAGUACUAAGCAAGGAGUGUCGUCUCAUAAAUAUAUUCAACAACUGCCUGUCUUUGGUGACAUCCCAUUCCGGGGUUUGGGGAAGGGCUUUGGUAAUGUACACUUACAUGAAGCGCCAGCAACACAUUCCCGGAGCGAGCCACAAGGACAGAACUCAAUCUCGGACAAGGCGCAUGCUGAACUUACGGAGACUCAUUUGGCGCUGAAUAUGACCGAGACCGUCCAAAGCACCUUGAAGCCUCCUGCUCAAUGCACCUCUAAUACAUCAGCAAAAACGACUGGUUGCCCACCAGCAAAAACUCAAACCGAAAUUCACGGACCCAAAGUUUUUGGUGUUUCACUACCUGUUGCAUCAGAUGAGAGCGAACUGCUAGUAGACAUUCAAAAUGUGGAGGUACCCAAAACGGCCAUAAACAGUGAUUCGCAAACCUCAGCUGACAAAAUAGCCUCCACCAACAAACCCGAGAAAAUAGAGCAGGAGAAAUCUGCAUCAAAGUUUCACCCGACAAUGGAUGGUGCAAAAGCUAGCUUGGGGCUUGGAAGUGCGCAAAGCCUCAGCUUGAAGAAGCUCAAUUUAAACGAUUUGACUGGCUUUUUAACCAUUGACCAAGCCAGGGAAUACUAUCCGUGGAUUGGUACUUUCCACCCCGAAAACUGUAUCCUUCAUCCGAGCGUCCCAUUUUUGGCCGUAUUAUUCAACGAAACUGGGACCUGGAGCAAGGAGCACAUCUUGCUUCUUGCUACCAACAACGACCUCUCUGACCAAGUGAACUGGGAAAUACGCGUGGCGUUGUUUUUCAAAACAAACCACGCUAGAAGACUUGAGCUUUUUGAAUGCUUAUGCUCUCUUCCAAGGGAAGAGGCCUUAAUGAUUAUUGCUUUACGUACUGCCGAGGCUGCGCAUGAAGUGAUCCUUGCGCCUUCUAUGGACUGUGAUCUCUCAGGUGUCAGUAAAGCAUCUACUGUAGAUGCCAUAAAGAGUUUAGUGUCCCUGUUGUAUGAAGCACUUGAGAAAAAAGUCGAGGACGCCGAAAUGCGCUGCAAUGAAAUUCAAGGUCGUAUUCUGUUGGCUAACCUCACUGAAUCUGAUGUGUGGUGGAACCUCAACUUCGAGGAUCGGCUGCUUCUUAAUGACUUGGCGAAAGCUCGAAUCUUACUUUGGCAGUUGAGCACGUGCUCACCAUACUUUCUGGUGCACACUGGUCUUGUGCACUUGAGAAUUACUCUAUGGGAGCCUUCAUGCCCGAUUGCGGUGAAGUUCCAUGAUAUUGUGAGACACCUGUCCCCGUUUGCUAGCUUGAACCAAAAGGGUGCUGAUGAUAGAUUGCAUUUCUCCAAGCAAUACGGAAUUAUUCUGGCCUUCUUGUCGGAUGUCUCAGUUGAGGUUUCCGUAGACGUCAAAAAUCUAGAUUCAUUGGUGCCCUUUGAACUCCUCAUUUCGCAAGAACAAAAGUCUCUGGCAGCUAGCUACAUGCGUUCCGUGACAUGCCCAUCAUCCUCGGUCUACUUUGUGGCCCCCCCGGCUCCCAUCAACAAAACCAAAACAUACUACUCCAUCGAAGGUCUUAUAUCACCAAUGGAGAUGGCGCCCAAGAAAAAUACAUUCGAAUCAUGGCCUUCGGCUAUCUCUUUGAGCAAAUUUGCCAGAUUCUGCUCCUUUUGCUUGUCUUUGGAACACCUGCUCGACACUUGUCCUGAAAAUGCUGCGUCUUUUCUGAAUUUCAGCAAGAACAAUAGCAUUGCUAAAGGACGGUCCUCAGGUUCAAAAUUAAUCAAUAAUGAGCAGGCUACCACGAGACACAUCAAGGCCAGGAAAGAUUUGUCUUUUCAAAAAUAA